UCGUCAUCGACGCCAUUCACAGCCCAGAUGCGAACACCGCAUCCCCACACACCCUUCUCCAACCCCCUGCCCCAUUCAUGGUUCCUCUAGACUUCUCGUCCCUCCCCGUCCUCUCUCCGUCCACCCAUCAAAACAGCUUGACACCUUUGACCCAAGUCCGCGAUCGCUCUUGGGAGUGCACAACUCGGCCCACACCACCUUCGGCUCUACAGGCAUCCUCUGCUCCCCAUCGGUGUAAAGCUCUUCACGAGCAUCUCUCCACCUGCCGGGGCGAGCCGGCCCUGGGCACCCGUCUUCCGUCUGAUAUUACCGUUACCGCCGACUUACCCUGUCCCCGUUGGCGGUCGACCUGGCUUCUAUUCUCAUCGUUCUUACUCUUCUUCCCUCGGCCGCAAGCCGUUGUCGGCUUCGCAAUCUGCCGGUUUACCUCUUCCCGGUUAUUGUUGUCUGAGCACCCAGCCUCUGGCGAUAAGUGA